CUAGAACUGUGUCUGCGAGGGCAUCCUGACCAUGCUGUAUCUCGCUUGCGACCUCAGGAAGAGGUUCACGGAAAAGGCUGCGAUUCGCGACUUGGAGGAAUCAAUCGAGCUACUCUGUCCAGCUUUGGAACUCCGUCCCCCUAGACAUGUUGAUAGGUUCUCAACGCUUCAUGAACUUGCUCUCUGUUUGUCAAUUAGAUACGACAAGCUGGGGGCAGUCGACAACUUGGAAGAAGCUAUCAUGCAUGAACGUGCAGCGUUAGAGUUCUGUCCACCAGGGCAUGUCAAUCGUGGCGAGUC